AUGGCGGAGCACACUGACAAUGGUGGGAAAAUAGCGAUUCUUGGCUGCGGCAAGCUCGGGAUUGCAAUACUACAAGGGCUAGCGAAGUCGUAUUCGAAGAACUCCCACAAUCUCGGUCACGUUGUCGUCACGGCCAAAACCUCCGCAGGAGCAAAACGCAUACAAAAAUCCAUCAACGGUUUUGCGACGACGCAAGACUCUCUCCGAGUAGAAAUCCACACGGGUGAUGAGAACUCUCUUGCUGUGCAGGAUGCAGUCGUGGUGAUACUAGGAUGCAAACCCAAUGCUCUCUCGGAGAUCCUGACUCCGAAGGUGGUGCGAGCCAUCGAGCAGAAUGAGAAGCGAACUAUCCUCGUCAAUCUCGCUGGUGGAGUGACGCUGGUCGACCUUGCCCGCAUGUACCGAUCAGUACGCGGUGGUCAAGAACAUAGGGCAUUUAUCGUGCGUGCGAUUCCUAACAUCGCCGCGUCCGUACGGCAAUCUGCAACGGUCCUUUCUAGUUGGACAGAAGACGGCCGCGAAGCAGUCCAACGCGUUUUUGAUCUCAUAGGUCAUACGGAGUGGGUUGCGGAGGAGCAGAUGUUCGCGGCUUCGGCCCUUGGUGCUUCAUCACUGGCCUUCCACGCGAUCAUUCUCAGGGCUGUCGCAGGUAGUUUGUCGGAAAUGUCCUCGGCGGAUGCAAUAAGGCUCUGUGCCCGAGCAAUGCUGGGUACAGCUGCCCUGGUACUUGCGGGCGAGUCCCCUGAUGCGAUCAUUGACAAGGUCGCCACUCGAGGAGGCUCCACGGAGGCUGGUCUGCACAUUCUCAAGACGCACGGUGUAGAGGAUUCAUUUUUGGCUGCGAUCAGGGCGACCACACAGGCGACCGGGACGAUGGGUAAGACGGUGUCCCGUCUAAGUGACCAGCCUGGUGGAGCGGAUGUUCGCUGCGCCGAAUAG